ACAAUCCCAAAUUCAAAUUCUAUCUCGAAACCCUAACGCCUAAGGGCAUUGAGAAGAGAAUGACGCUCACUGAAGAGCAAAGAAAACAAGCAGAAGCGAACAGAUUAGCAGCAAUAGAAAAGCUAAAGCGGAAAGCACUCUCGGAAUCUACCUCCUCUGGCAUUCUUUAUCAACAAAAUUACCAUCAAUGGAGGCUCUCCAAGUACCCCAGACUUGAAAAUGAUCGGACCCAUUUCACCACAAUCCCUCAAGAUUCCUCAUUCAAUCCAGUUUCGACUACCCAUUCCCAAGGAAAAUUCCGGGUUUGGCUCGAAAUCUGCUCACCGGACUCCUUCUCAGUGAGGCCCGAUGUGCUGGAGGGGUUCCCUUAUCCCGGUGAUGAGGAGUGUUUCCGAAGAUUGAACGAUGUUUUGUCAAAUGUUGUGCCAUCACACUACACCCAAAACCAUGAAGGUGGAAAGGCUGGUGUGUACAAGCUCAUGGAUUAUGAUGCAGUUAAUUCAUGUUUACAGAAAUCUAAAUGCAUUCAAAUUGAAAAUAUACCCCACACAACAAUCAGAGUUGUUGAGAAACUCUCCCAUUCCUUUGUUUCCAGAAGAUGGGAACCAUGUCGACCAGAACAUUUAUGUGAUGACCUUGUUGACGAACUGAUUGGAAGGCUGCCCAUAUUUCUAUUUGAUGCACUUUUGCCUUUCCAACUUGAUGGUGUGAGAUUUGGUUUGCGAAGGGGUGGUCGUUGUCUUAUUGCAGAUGAAAUGGGGCUUGGAAAAACGCUCCAGGCAAUUGCCAUUGCAGGCUGUUUCAUGAAUGAGGGUUCAAUACUUGUUGUCUGCCCAGCUAUUUUGCGUUAUUCUUGGGCUGAAGAGUUGGAGCGAUGGCUUCCCUCUUGUUUACCGUCUGACAUCCAUCUUGUUUUUGGGCAUCGAGAUAAUCCUGCAUACUUGAAGAGAUGCCCAAGAGUUGUGGUUAUUUCCUAUACAAUGCUUAGCCGCUUACGAAAGACCAUGCUUGAGCAAAAUUGGGCUGUUUUGAUAGUUGAUGAAUCUCACCAUCUUCGAUGCUCAAAAAAGCCAUCAGAACCAGAUGAGAUACAAUCAGUGCUGGAUGUGGCCAGGAAGAUCAAUCAUAUCGUUUUAUUAUCUGGAACACCCUCUUUGUCAAGGCCAUAUGACAUUUUUCAUCAGAUAAAUAUGUUAUGGCCUGGAUUGUUGGGAAAGGACAAGUAUAAAUUUGCAAAUACGUACUGUGCUGUCAACAUGGUCCAAAAUACUCCUGGUUUUAAGGAUUUCUCAAAGGGUGUCCGCUUGGAGGAGUUGAAUGUUUUGCUUAAGCAAACUGUUAUGAUAAGACGUUUGAAGGAGCAAGUGCUGGUUCAGUUACCUCCUAAACGUCGCCAAAUUAUAAGAUUGCUGUUGAAGCGAUCAGAUAUAGCUUCAGCUAAGGCUUCUAUCAGUCUGAUCAGUGCUGAUGCCUCUGAAAAUAAUGCUGCCCAAGCGAUUCAUUCAGAAAAAUUUGAAGAGAAUGAUGAUGGUGGAGGAUGUAAUGAAGAACUCUGUUUUCAAGAACUGGGUAUUGCAAAGCUUCCUGGAUUUCGUGAAUGGCUUUCCAUUCAUCCAAUCAUCGAGAAGUCAGAUGCUGGGGAAGAAGUGGAUUCAAACACCAGGUCUCUUAAGAUGAUAAUUUUUGCCCAUCACCAUAAAGUUCUUGAUGGGAUACAGGAAUUCAUCUGUGAGAAAGGAAUUGGUUUUGUCCGCAUUGAUGGAACCACACUUCCUAAAGAUAGGCAGACAGCUGUACUGUCAUUUCAAUCAUCAAAUCAGGUUAAAAUAGCAAUAGUUGGUAUAACUGCUGGGGGAGUUGGACUCAAUUUUUCAUCAGCGCAGAAUGUUGUGUUCUUGGAGCUGCCUCAGUCACCAUCUUUGAUGCUUCAGGCUGAAGACAGAGCUCAUAGGCGGGGGCAGAAAAGUGCUGUCAAUGUAUACAUCUUCUGUGCAAAGGAUACUAUUGAUGAGUCACAUUGGCAAAAUUUAAACAAGAGCCUAAGCCACGUUUCAUCUACAACAAAUGGAAAAUAUGAUGCCAUACGAGAGAUAGCGGUUGAAGGUGUUUCUUAUCUGGAAACUGAUAGAAGUUCUGAUGAUCAAAUUUUAGGCAAAGCAGCAUAUGAUAAACCUUUUGUGGAGUUUGUGAAGUUACCAGGUUCCGAAGUUGCUGAUAAAGCUGCUCAAAUGAAUGAUGGAACUGCAGAGCAGAGUCAAACUGGUGGCAGAGAUCUUCAUAACAUUGGGGUUAAGCCUUCUUUCCUUUUGGAAAUUAAGGGACACUCAUUCCAACCAAAAGCAAGUGAAAAAGAUAAUGGCAUGCUGGUUCAACAGCCAGAAGAUGAUUGCUUCACUAAUCAAGUAGAUUCUCUACGGUUUGAGGUAAGCCGAUAUACUGGAAGAAUCCAUUUGUAUUCUUGUAUACGAGGGACAGAUUCAAGACCGACACCACUUUUUGAGAAUUUCCGACCUGAGGAACUUGAGUCAGCAAAUUUCCCAACUGCAGAUUCUAAAAAACCAGUUUCUAAUCUUUUUAAAAAUGACUCAGCCUAUAGGCAUGCUCUGAAGGCAUUCAUUACUGAAUGGCAUAAACUAAGGCCCAUCGAACAAAGGAAGUUACUUAGAAAGCCUCUUCAAUUACCUUUAUCUGUUGAAUUAUGCUAUUUGCAAGAAAGCAGUAACCACAAUAGGGGGGGACUGCUAAAAGGUGGAAGCAAGCGACGGACUACGCCUUUAUAUGAGAUAAGCCUUCCUUUGCCAAAAAAUUCUGUGUGGAAAAAGGUCCAACUAUGUAGUGGCUACUGCAAAAAGGAGAAAGAAUACACUCAAGCUUGGAGCCUAGCAAAUGAACCACUCUGUAAAUUCUGUCAAAAACCAUGCAAGGGUGCAAAUGCUGAAACACCUGAAUAUUUUGAGGAUCUUUUCUGUGAUCUUGAGUGCUAUGAAGAAUAUCGCUUAAGAACCAGCAACAGAUUCCUCCGACAGGAACUUUUCCAAGUUGAGCAUGGUAUCUGCACAAAUUGCCAACUAGAUUGUCAUCAACUUGUGAAAAACUUAAAGCCUUUAUCACUGCAGAGGCGGCUGGAAUAUAUCAAGAAAAUAGCUCCUAAGAUUGCCAGUCAGAAGAAGUUGGUUAACAAGCUUGUUAAUGAUCCUUCUGAGGGCAAUGCAUGGCAUGCAGACCACGUUGUCCCUGUUUACAAAGGUGGAGGUGAAUGCAGGCUGGAGAACAUGAGGACUCUUUGUGUGGCCUGCCACAAAGAUGUUACUGCAGCACAAAAUGCUGAAAGACGAACAAUGAGGAUUAAAACAAAGAAAAAACUUGAAGCUAUAAUGAGUGACCUCAAAAAUGAUGAGAAAAUGGAAAAGAAUUCUGCUUCUGUAAAGGAUGAAGGCCCCUCAAGUAUAUCAGAAGAUAUAAAUGAUGAUGAACUUUUAGUCAAGGUUCCUGGAAGUUCCUAUUGUGGGAGAGAAAGCCCUGGUACCCAAAGUGAGGGCUUGAAUUCUUUAAAACUUGAAUGAUCAGGACUAUAGUUUAGAGCCAUCUGCAUUUUGUUCUUUUUGUACAUUGGAUUGGCUUCAAUUACAUCCAUUGUGUUCUUUUUGGGCAAUAUCAAAUAUGUAGCUUUUAAGGUAUGUAGUUUUAACAUUCAACGCUGUGUUCAAAUUAUAGCAACUUGUUGACUUGUCCUCUUUCUUGAUUUGAAACCCCUGGACCAGCAGGAAUUGUUGUACUCUUGUUUAUAGGAAUAGCCUUAAGAGGGAUGCUUGUAGCUCACAAUCAGAGUCCCUGUUGGAGGAUUUCAAUGAUGUCCUUCUUUGUCCUGAAUUUUGCUUGUUGUCAGGAAGAAAAUAUAGUGGCAGAUCUCCAGGCACAGAAAGUGAUGGGAGGAAACACAGGAUUUGAACUAGGUAUUUCUCUAUCUGUACUCUGUAUAAUCUCCUGAAUACAUGCUCAAUAAUUGACUUAUCAUUUAGAUUAGUAACAGGAAGUGCCACUGCAGGAUUCUUGUCCUGAAACUCAUUGAUCGUUUUGUGUGUACCAUUUUAUGUAUAGAAAAUGAUAGAAACCCAUAACUACAUAAAUAAACCCGGAAAAUUCAA